AUGCGAAUAACUAAUUGGAAAGAAGCAUUGAAAAAUUAUAAUUUAGCAUAUGAAAUUAAAAAGAAAGAAUUAUAUCCCAAUCAUCGAAAAAUAGGUCGAGCAUUAAAUUGUAUUGGUAAUUAUUAUAAAGUAAUUGAAGAUUAUGUUCAAGCAAUGAAAUUUUAUGAAGAUGCUUUACAAUGUCAAAAUGACCCAUGCGCUCAAGCUAUAAUUCAACUUAAUAUUUGUAUCAUACAUCCAAUGAAUAAAAACUAUGAUAAACAUUAUUUUCAUGCAACAUUUGAAUUGAGUAAAAGAAUUUUACUCAAUGGUGUUCAUAUUCGAAUUCAAUCUAUAAAAUUAUUAGCUGAUUUAUAUAAUAAGCAAGGCAAAAAACAAAAAGCUAUUGAUUUUUGUUAUGAAGAAUUGUCUCUCUAUGAAAAAGAACCAUCCGAAAAUGAGAUUAGUAUGGCAAAUAUUUUAAUGAUUAUUGGCGAAUUAUACGAAGAUAGUAAUGAUCAAAAGAUACAAGUAUUGGAUAAAGCAUUGUCUCUAUUAAAGAAAAAUAUGCAUAUUCAAUAUGCUACAACAGCUAAGUGUUGUUUUAUGAUUGCAGAAUAUUAUCAUAAACAAAAUAUCAGUAAAAAAGCGUUCGAUCAUGCUAUGAGAGCUCUUGAAAUACGCAGGAAAAUCUAUCCAGAUAAUCAUUCAAUUUUAAUCGAGACACAGACUUUGAUUGAUACUAUUAAAUCUUUAAAAUAA